GUCUAGUAUCGCAGUCUGGGAUUGCUGCAAGAGCAAAACAGAGAGAGAGAGAGAGAGAGAGAGUUCACAAUUGGGGAUGACAGUGAUUUCUGUGAGGGAGAAGAGCAGAGUGUUGUUGGGUUAAUUAAAAUGGGGAGGAUUUUCCUGGUUGAAUUGGAAGGCAGAACUUACAGAUGCCAAUUCUGUGACAGCCCUCUUGCUCUGGCCGACGAUGUCCUCUCUCGGUCUUUCAACUGCCGUCGAGGGAGGGCAUAUCUGUUCAGCAAUGUGGUGAAUAUAACGCUUGGUCCUGAGGAAGAGAGGCUAAUGCUUUCUGGUUUGCAUACUGUAGAAGAUAUUUUUUGUGUCUGCUGCGGACAGAUUCUUGGCUGGAAAUAUGUAAUUGCACAUGACAAAAACCAAAAGUACAAGGAAGGAAAGUUUGUGCUAGAGAGAUGGAGGAUAGAGGAGGAUGUAGCAGAGGAAUUCAAUCUGGAUACUCGCCCAGGUUCAAGUGAUGAAAUUCCUUGAGCAACUGCAUUCAUAAAAUUAAUAAAAGCAACAGAGCUUAUCUGGUGUAAAUAUCAUGUAUGCAAUUUCAUGAGUAGUAAAAGAAGAUUGCACAUGUCCAAUCUAUAUAAAAAUUUCUGCGGUGUAUAUAUAUAUGUUGGACCAAUCUCUCUAUCGGAAGUUUAUAUUAUCUAGUUACGUGGA